GGCUGCCCUGUGAGUGGAACGGGCGGGCUGAGGCAGCUGCCCCACUAUGGGUAGGGCAAUGGGUCUGGCUGGGUUGCUGCUGGGGCUCGUCGUGCUGCCCGCCGUGCUGGUGAGCACCAGCCUCCGCCACGGCGCCCCGCGGACCGAGGCUGAGCCGUCCGGCUGGGAGCUGGUGGCAGAUGCCGUCCCCGAGGACUCGCUGUGGCCGCUGCCGCAGUGGGUCCGCACGUACCCUCGCCAGCUGCAGCUAGCGCCCAGCCGCUUCCAGCUGGUGCAUGGCGCCGGCUCCUCGGCGGGGCCGGACUGCGGGCUGCUGCAGGAUGCCUUCCGCAGGUACUACGAGUACAUGUUCGGGCAUUCCCGGCGGCGGACAUGGGGCCGCAGGCCGCUGGCUGCCCGAGCGGAGCCCGAGCUGUUCCAGCUGCAGGUGGUGAUCGAGGCGGGGGACCCUGGCUGUGACAGGCACCCGCACCUUGCCUCCAGCGAGGCCUACCAUUUAACUGUAACUGAGCCUGUGGCUAUACUGAAAGCUUCUGAGAUAUGGGGUGCUUUAAGAGGUUUGGAAACCUUCAGCCAGUUGGUUCAUGAAGAUGACUAUGGAAGUUUUCUUGUCAAUGAAUCUGAAAUCAAUGACUUCCCAAGAUUUGCUCAUAGAGGAGUCUUAUUAGAUACUUCAAGGCAUUAUUUACCGUUGAAAUCUAUUCUUACAAACCUGGAUGCCAUGGCUUUUAAUAAAUUCAAUGUUCUCCACUGGCAUAUAGUAGAUGAUCAGUCCUUCCCUUACCAGAGCAUUUAUUUCCCUGAAUUAAGUGAUAAGGGGGCAUACUCCUCUAACCUCAUCUAUACUCCUACUGAUGUCCGCCUGGUGAUUGAGUAUGCCCGGUUAAGAGGCAUCAGAGUUAUCCCGGAGUUUGAUACGCCAGGACACACACAGUCCUGGGGAAAAGGUCAAAAAGAUCUUCUCACUCCUUGUUACAGUGGAGGACAGCCAACUGGGUCCUUUGGACCUGUAAAUCCCGUUUGGAAUACAACUUACGACUUCAUGACUAAGUUCUUCAAAGAGAUCAGCAAUGUAUUUCCAGAUGAAUUCAUUCAUUUGGGAGGAGAUGAAGUGGAUUUCAAUUGUUGGAAAUCUAACCCUGAAGUGAAAGAGUUCAUGAAGAAGCGAGGUUUUGGCACUGACUAUGCUAAACUGGAAUCUUACUAUGUUCAGAACAUUUUGGACAUUGUUUCCUCCUACAACAAAGGACAAAUGGUCUGGCAAGAAGUGUUUGAUCACAAAGCGCAGUUGAAACCAGACACUGUAGUUCAAGUGUGGAAGGCAAGUAACUAUGCUCAUGAGCUGAGCAGUGUCACUGGAGCUGGGUUCACUGCUGUCCUGUCAGCACCCUGGUACUUAGACUACAUAAGUUAUGGGCAAGACUGGAAGAAAUACUACAGUGUUGAACCGCUUAACUUCUCUGGAUCUGAAAAACAGAAGAAACUUUUAAUAGGUGGAGAAGCCUGCCUAUGGGGGGAGUUUGUGGAUGCAACUAACCUGACACCAAGAUUAUGGCCUCGAGCAAGUGCUGUUGGAGAAAGACUCUGGAGCAGCAGUAAUGUGACCAACUUGCAGGAUGCCUACAAAAGGCUAACUAAUCAUCGAUGCCGCAUGCUCCGCCGUGGCAUAGCAGCUGAGCCAGUGUUUGUUGGAUACUGCGCCCAUGAAGCAAGAGGGCCAUAACUGCUGCAAAGACUUCUUGUGAACAGCCUGAAGUGCCUCUGGGGUAUGAAUAUGUACAGGUGGUUUUGUAUCUGAAUCAAGACUUAAAAUUUUCACUUUUAAAAUAAAAUUAUUUGACAGCCUUG